AUUCCCAAUACGUUGGGUGUCAGGUUUGGUGUCAAGUACUACUGCGACACGGUGGAACGGUGCGUCUUCUCGUCGUGAAACCUUUGGGCUGGACAGUGUAGCCGCCAUUGAUAUUGAAAUUCUCUUCACAGUUCAAACAUCACAGAGUGGAAGCUCUGGGUUUUUUUACAGAAAUACUAGCGAAACCUGUAGUGAUAAUCAUAUUUUUAUGAUCGUUGACCCAAAAAAAAAUCAAUGGCGGAGAUGCAGAGCCUCGUCUCCACUUCAGAAGCUUACCACGCGGUUUUCAUCGACACCAGCCUCGACACCCACUUGGCCAUUAUCGUCUCCGACCUCGACACCGUUUCCGAUCUCAAAAGGAAAAUAGAGAAGGAAUAUCCAUUGUGCUUUCCUAACAAUGGGAAAAUAAAAGUUCAUGCUAUAAAGGUAAAGCGUAGAGGGCACCUUUAUCACCUAUCAGAUUCUAUGCUUGUAAAAAGUGCUUUUGUUGGGAUGAUUAACCAGAGCUGGUUUCUUAGAGUGGAUCUCUCUAGCUUUGAGGAGCAUGAUGAAAAUCAGCAUCUGCACAACCCGGACUCAAAUAACUUAUUGACCUGCUUUGGCAUUACCAAUAAUACAUCUUUUGCAGGCGUUGAUGUUUCUCUUGAUGAUUAUCCAAAGGAAGGGACUAGCAAUCAAAACAAGGAAAUUGACAUUCCACAGAAUCACGUGGAUUUGAAGGAUAAUAAAUCUAAGCAAGCUGACAGCCAAAAACCUAAGAAUGAGCAUGGACUUUGGGAUGAAAGUUUAUUGAAGGAAAAUAUUGGUUCUGAUAAAGAGCAGACUGGGGGGAAUGAAGAGAAAAGUGACAAUGCUGCCUUAGAUAGUUUGACUGUUAACACCAUGGAUAAUGACUAUAUAUUGGAGAACAAUUCAAGCAGUAAGAAGAGGAAAAAGAAAAAGAGAAAUGAAUCAUCAAAUAAACUUGAACAGGCAGUCAAUAUAGUUCCAUAUUCUGGGAAAGUUCUUCUGGAAGAGGAUUCUAUGGUAACCAAAUCAAUUAAUCAUAAAGAUUCUGGCGAACCUCAUAUUGUAUCUGUUCUUGAACAAGGGGUAACACCUUCCCAAUUCUCUGGAAUCCUCCUGAAGGAAAAACAUGUGGAUUUAGAAAAUACAUCUAAGCAAGCUGACAACCGAAAACGCAAGAAUGAACAUGGACUUGGGGAUGAAAGUUUAUUGAAGGAAAAUAUUGGUUCUGAUACAGAGGCCUUCUCUCCGGAAGUUACAUCUCAGCACACUGUGGGGAACAAAGAGAAAAGUGAAAAUGCUGCCUUUGAUAGUUUGACUGUUAACACUGAGGAUGAUGACCAUAUAUUGGAGAACAGUUCAAGCAGUAAAAAGAGGAAAAAGAAAAAGAGAAAGAAAUCAUCAAAUAAACUUGAAGAAGCAGUCACUACAGUUCCAUCAUCUGAGAAGGAUCUUGGGGAAGAGGAUUCUAGGGUACCCAAAUCAAUUAAUCAUAAAGCUUCUGGCAAACCUAAUGUUGAAUCUGUUCCUGAACAAGUUGAAGAAGGGAUAACACCUUUCCAAUUCUCUGGAAUCUGCUCGAAGGAAAAACAUUGCGAUUCCAUCCAAGCAGAGAAAAAUGAUACAAGGCCCUCUGCUAUAGAUGUUGAUAUUACAAAGACAAAUGCUGACAAUGUGCUAAGCAAAGGUGAAGCAAUUAAAGAACUUGAAAUAUCUGAAGUUAAAAAAAGGAGAAGUUCAAAGGACCAAAGUACUGUAAAUGUUGAAGGUCAUCUUCCCUGUGUUUUCAAAGAUCCCAAUAAUCUCCAGAUGGAUGUUUGGCUAUCUAGGAAUGAGAAUAUUGGGACCGAUCGGUCUGAAAGAGUGGAAGAGGAAACAGCAUUGCCUCAGAAGAAUGAUUAUAAAGGGCAGCGGUUAGAAAAGUGCAAAUCACUUUGGAAGGAUAAACCAGAGCUGAAUAUUCAAAAUUUGAAAGUCACUUCUGAAUCGUCAAAAGAAAAUACACCUGGAAAAUCUGGUAAAAGGAGAAAGAAUACUAAAACCAGGGGUUCGGUUGGAGAAAUUGUUGGUGGAUCAUGUGGAGACAAUGUCAAAGACUCUAAGCCUGGAAUUUCUUCGGAAUUAGCUGAACGUCAUGAAGCUAUACAUGGUGAACAUCCUGGCAAUGAAUCUAAGAAAGAGGAAAGUAAUUUUUCUCAAACAAAUGAUGAAGAAGUAUUAAAAAUGAAUGCGGAAAGUACUUCUUUGGCUAUGAAAAACAAUGACUAUAUUCACAAUGAGUUACAGCAAACCAGCGCAACACAGGGAAAUGCAGAAAAUAAGGAGGAGCAAGUGAGAAAGAAAUCUAAUAAGAAGCUCAAGUCAAAAGCAAAGAACCCUUCCAAUUUGAUAGCUGAAGUUCCAAAUGUUUCUCAUCAGCAUUCAACAACAUCAACUGAUAAUCCAAAGGAGGUGCUAGCUUCAUCUAACAGAACAAACAGAACUAAAUCGGAAGAAACAGCUUUCAAAAGCAAUUCAAAUGGAACGAAAUUGGGGUUGGAGAAAUUUGAGGUUGAAACUGAUCCUGUCUCUGGUAGGUCAAAAUCAGAAUCUGCCAAGUCUACCAAUGUACAGUCAGAUACACUUGACCAAACUUACCAGGGGAGUCCUGAUGAAGUUAAUGUCACUGGUAACCCUUCCAAUAGAAGUUGUGCUGAUGAAGUUAAUAACAUGAAAAUUUCAAGCAAGGAUGAUAAAAUCAACAUUGAAAAUCAUUCACCCAGUCAACACCAACGGGAAGUUGUUGAUUCUGGUGUAGUGAUCAUUGAAAAGGAGACCAAAGGAACUAAUGGAAACGAGCCAAAAUCAAAGAAGAGACAUAGAAAGACUGAUGUACAUUCAGCUGGCACCUCACCUGAUUUGCAAAGUUCAUCGAAGACAAAUGAUAAGCAGGGGAUUGGAGAGUCACUAUCAGUGGAUAAAUCUGAUGAAUCCAUACUUCACUCUGAAAAGAAGUUGCCAAAAGCUUCUAAGGAUGGAGCUAAAGCUCCUGCAUUGAAGGUGUCUGAUAAGUUGAACUCCGUUUCUGAAGAAGCCAGAAAGCAAAGUGUUGCCAAUGUUUCUAAGACCCAUAAUGAUUCUGAUAAACAAAAUAGUGAAGCUGUCGCAGUAGCAAAUUCUGUACCAGUAAGAUCAAAGAAGACAGUUCGCCAAAAUAGAACAGUUAACAAGUCCCAGUUGGGCGUAGACCACUCUUACAUGGCAGAUGGAAAAGUUUUAGGUAAGGAUAGUGGUGAAGUCGUGAACAGCUCAGAACAAAAGAAGAGAUUGUUAGGUAAAUCAGGGUCAAUUUUCAAGGAUGAUAGUAGUGGGAGUUCUGAAGAGGAAAAUGGAGAUGACAGGUCAGAUACGAGCACCAGGACACCAUCGGAUUACUCACUGUCCUCAGACUACUCAGAUGGGGAAAGCAAUGCAAAUAUGAACUCACCCCCUAAUGGUUCUCAUUUCUCGGAUAGAAAGAGAGAUGGAAGGAGAAACAUCACGAAAUCAGUCUCCUCAAACUUAAAGGAUAUGGGCUUUGAUAAAAUCCUUAGAAGUUCAAGCAGAUACAAGAAAGCGAAAGUGACAGCAUCACAAUUACAUCUAGAGAAUGACACCGAGGAUUUUGAGGUCGUUCCAGACAGUCAGGCCAACUUGUAGUCAUUAAAUUAAUGAUUGUUUGUGAUCAUUCAUUUCAUCUUUUUGUGGAAUUGUAACUUGAAGAUCAAUCCAAAAAAGCUUUUUGUUUUUUCUGGGCA